ACGUAGAGACCGGAAAUGUGCCUGUUUCUUCCUGUUCUAAAUGAGUUUGCGCCCUCGGUGGUCAGGCGGGGAAGUGACGUUGCUGUUGGCAAGAUGGCGGCGACGGCGAUUAGCUCAUCGUCAGCCUCGGCCACGGCGGCGGCUCUCGGUGAGGUGGAGGAUGAAGGGCUCCUAGCGUCGCUGUUCCGAGACCGCUUCCCGGAAGCCCAGUGGCGCGAGCGGCCCGAUGUGGGCCGCUAUCUCCGGGAGUUGAGCGGCUCGGGGCUGGAGCGGCUGCGGCGCGAGCCCGAGCGCCUGGCGGAGGAGCGGGCUCAGCUGUUGCAGCAGACGCGUGACUUGGCUUUCGCCAACUACAAGACCUUCAUCCGUGGCGCCGAGUGCACCGAGCGCAUCCACUGCCUCUUUGGAGACGUGGAGGCGUCGCUCAGUCGCCUGCUCGACCGCUUGCCCAGCUUCCAGCAGAGCUGCAGGAACUUUGUGAAGGAAGCUGAAGAGAUCAGCUCCAACCGCCGGAUGAACAGCUUGACUCUAAACCGGCACACAGAAAUCCUGGAAAUACUAGAGAUUCCUCAGCUCAUGGACACCUGUGUCCGGAACAGUUAUUAUGAAGAGGCCCUGGAGCUCGCAGCCUAUGUACGCCGACUGGAGAGGAAAUACUCUUCCAUCCCUGUCAUCCAGGGCAUCGUGAAUGAAGUGCGCCAGUCCAUGCAGCUAAUGCUGAGCCAGCUGAUCCAGCAACUGAGGACCAGCAUCCAGCUCCCUGCCUGCCUCCGUGUCAUUGGCUACCUGUGGCGCAUGGAUGUCUUCACUGAGGCCGAGCUGAGGGUGAAGUUUCUUCAGGCCCGGGAUGCUUGGCUCCGGUCCAUCCUGACUGCCAUUCCUAAUGAUGAUCCCUAUUUCCAUAUCACGAAAACCAUCGAGGCCUGCCGUGUCCAUCUCUUUGAUAUCAUCACCCAGUACCGUGCCAUCUUCUCAGACGAGGACCCACUACUGCCCCCUGUCAUGGGUGAGCACACUGUGAAUGAGAGUGCCAUUUUCCACGGCUGGGUGCUACAGAAAGUCUCACAGUUCCUGCAGUUGCUGGAGACCGACCUUAACCGGGGCAUAGGCAGCCGCCUGGACUCUCUGCUGGGCCAGUGCAUGUACUUUGGGCUGUCCUUCAGCCGGGUGGGAGCUGAUUUCCGGGGCCAGUUAGCUCCUGUUUUCCAGCGGGUGGCCAUCCGCACUUUCCAGAAAGCAAUUCAACAAACAGUGGAGAAAUUCCAGGAUGAAAUGAACUCCUACACUCUCAUGUCAGCUCCAGCCAUUCUGGGCAGCAGUAACAUGCCUACUGCUGUGCCAGCCACUCAGCCAGGGACACUGCAGCCACCGAUGGUGCUCCUAGAUUUCCCCCCCCUCGCCUGCUUCCUCAACAAUAUUCUGGUUGCCUUCAAUGAUCUGCGCCUCUGCUGCCCUGUAGCCCUGGCCCAGGACGUGACUGGGUCCUUAGAAGAUGCCCUUGCCAAGGUAACUCAAAUAAUCCUGGCUUUUCAUCGCGCUGAAGAAGCUGCCUUCAGCAGCGGGGAGCAAGAGCUCUUCGUCCAGUUCUGCACUGUCUUCCUGGAAGACCUCAUUCCAUAUUUAAAUCGCUGUCUCCAGGUCCUUUUUCCACCAGCUCAGAUAGCACAGACUUUAGGCAUUCCUCCCACUCAGCUCUCCAAGUACGGAAACAUCGGGCAUGUGAACAUCGGCGCCAUUGAGGAGCCCCUCGCCUUUAUCCUGCCAAAGAGAGAGACGCUCUUGGCCCUGGAUGACCAGGCGCUGGGGCCCGAGCUCACAGCUCCAACACCAGAGCCUCCCGCCGAGGAGCCCCGCCUGGAGCCUGCGGGCCUAGCCUGUCCGGAGGGAGAGCGAGCAGAAGCAGAGGCGGAACUGCCCAGUGUGGAGCCCUAGCCAGCGUCCCCUGCCUCUAGAACGCG